AUGGAAGCCGGAGAAGCGGAUCCCGAGGCUUCGUCAGCUUUCGAGCAACUUCUUCAGGUACUUGGCAAAAAGACUCUAUCUAACAAGCGCCGCAAAUGUAACGAUGUAGAUAAUGCAAUUGAAGAGCUAGAUCAGUUGUUGUCAGCUUCUUUAGCCUCCGAUGCAGGCUCUGAGCCUGAGGAUGUCUCUGGCGAGCCGUGCACAGACAUUCGUGAUGACGCGAUUGAGUCGUUUAAUAUGGGCUACGAGGAUUAUCUCAAAGCUACAGAGCCAUCUUCACCGACCUCGUCGACACCUUUACCGUACUUCAAAAGCUAUAAGUUCAGAUUUAUAACUCCAGUGCUGGAGGAGUUGUUGAAAGCCAAAGUACUUCCCGGUGUGUUGUCUGACGCCACCUCUUUUGGCAUACAUACGUCUCUGCAAAAACGAAUUGCCAAACUCCAUCGCAAGUCCAAUUCAGGCGAGGAGGUGCUUAAGGAUCGCCAUCGCCUCCGAUAUCUGUUCCAUUGCCUGAACAGUUACGUGGACGUAUUCUACGCAGGAUGUAAGGUCGGUGACAUAUCCUCCGUGCGUUUUCUAUACGCAUUACACACGGCAAAUCACAUAUGCAAGAGCGUGAACUCGACUGUCGAGCAGUCUCACGGAUUCACACGCCCACGUGUUUUGUAUAUUUGCGGGCUGAAGUGCAUGGCACGUGACUUCAUCGACCAUCUCAUAACUUUACUAUCAGUAAAAAAGGAGGAUCCUAAGGUGGACAAGUUUUACGAGGAAUACGAUUUACCUGAAGAGGAAGCGUCCGCUCAGGUUUCGAGUUUCCGUAAGACUAAUAAAUCUUUUGACUUUGUAGAGACAUUUUCUGGUAACCAGGAUGAUGCUUUUAAGAUGGGCAUCCGUUAUCAAGGUGGAAUGUUACGACUGUAUACACCGUUUUAUACCAGCGAUGUGAUUGUUGCUUCUCCGUUGGGUCUUAAGAUAAUGUUACAGGAGGACGAUGAAUACGACUUUUUAUCUAGCAUUGAGGUUCUUUUAGUGGAUCGUUUAGAUGUGUUGAAGUUCCAGAACUGGCGUUUUUUCAUUGAUGUUUUUGAAAAGUUGAAUCUGCCCUUGAAGAAGUGGCGCGAUGCCGACCUGAACCGAUUACGCCUUUCAACUGUUGACGGUCAGUGCGAGGUGUACCGCCAGUCAGUGUGUGUUUCAUGUGUUCAGCAUUCUGUUUUCAAUUCAUUUUUCAAGCGUAUGCCCAAUCGUCGUGGUUCCAUUAAGCUUUCGUGCAUCCCACGUAAUGACUUUGUGCUUUUGGGGUCUAAAUUACGUAUCCAACAGUUAUUUGUUAAGGUUUCAGCAUCUAACGUGAAGGAAUCUGAGGGUUCCUUGCUCAACUACUUCCUAAAGAACAUGAUACAUGGUAUCCACGGCGUUGGUAAUGUUUUGGUUGUUCUCGGUGACUACACUCACUUUUUGAGGAUCCAAAAUGACUUGAAAUUGGCCAAUUUUGAAUAUUUGCCAUGCCACGAGUCAAAUUCAGGAAAGCAAAUGGUCUUUGCUCGUCAGCAGUUUCAGGCAGGUAAGGCGCGCGCUAUUAUUACGACAUCACGUUUGCUUUUUUUCAAGCGUUACUUGAUAAAAGGCACUAGCCGCGUAAUUUUCGUCAUACCCCCGGACUACCACGAGCUGUACCGUGAGGCGUUCCGUAUGAUGGAUCUGUCUAAAAAGAACUCUAUUGUGACGCUAUAUACGCGCUUCCACGCCAACCAACUGGAGCCCAUCGUGGGAGCUGAGAAAGUAACUAAGCUGAUUUCUGCAGCUGAUACCAAGGUUACGGAAUUCUACUAG